CUCCCACCUGCGACAGAAUUUAAAGUAACAGCUAUGCGCUACAACGCGAAUAAUGUUUGCACAUGCAUAUGUUAAAAUUCAUACAUUUUUAAAAUAAGAAGUACUUGGAUAAUCUCUGGUCUGUAUGUACAAUUUGUAAAAUGAAUCUGUGCCCCCUGAAUAAGUAAUUGAAUGACCCUGUAGUAGCAGUACUAAUCUGGUAGCAGUAUCCCCACGGCUGUUCAGAGGAUGAAUAUCGUUCCUGGAGGCACGCGUGUGUUUCUCGAUUUCUUCUGCUUUUUUUAAUACGAUCUCACAUGUUUUGCCAAAUUUAAGCGAUAAACUGUGAACCAGCGUGUGUGCAUACAACCGCGCCACUAUGGCGGCACUGCAAGAAGGGGGAACCCGAAACCCGACAAUCCCAGAGCCCAGGGCUGUCUAGGGCGGCAGAAAUGUAGAUCCAUCAUUUCGUUACGGUGUCAUUUCGCAGUUUUGCACAGUCCGUACGGUGUCUGAUUGCGCCCGCGGUGCAUUUUAAAACUAACGAACCUCAACUCACUGCGAUUUUUUCCACUCUAUAAUUCAUAUUUAAUCUUAAAAUGAGCAGUUAGCGAAAAAGGAAAUCCACAGACCUGGCUGCCCCUUGCAACAUCUGCAACAAGUUAAUCAGGUUAUAGAACUGUAGGCCUGUUCAGGAGGAGGAGUCACAGGACGGCUUAAUUUCGGGGUUUUGGUGUGACUGGACGCGUUUCCCCUGCACGGAUAGGCGGGGAAGACGUUAAAUAGCGCAGUGUUUUUAAUUAACAGGAAAGAUAGCGCCGCUGUUUUUAUUCAGUAAGCGGCUAUGGAAUCGCACGGAAUUUCGCACCCGAUUGAUCCAUCCUCGAAGGGUCUCGGGCGAGCGCUCUGCGUUAUCACCGGAGCCUCGAAAGGCUUCGGCCGAUGCCUGGCGAAGCAAAUAGCCGGAUUGGUCAAACCUGGGUCAGUGCUACUGCUGGUGGCAAGAUCGGGGGAUAAAUUGAAGGAACUGCAAGCAGAGCUGGCCGCUUCGGACGCUGGUAAGAAAGGGUUGGUGAUACGCUGCGUGACCGCGGACCUCGCGCAGAAAGGAGCUGUGGAAGAGACCGUGAAGGCGGCGAAACAGACAAGUCACUUGGACAUAGAUCGCCUGCUUCUAAUAAACAAUGCAGCCUCCCUCGGGGACGUGUCUCGCUUUGCCGUCAGCUUCACAGACCCAGAGGAGAUUAACUCCUACCUGGCCUUCAACGUCAGCUCCGCUCUCAGUCUCACAGCGGCGCUGUUGGACGCUUUCCCCAAGCGGUCGGGGCUGCUGCGCUGCGUGGUUAACGUGAGCUCGCUGUGCGCCCUGCAGCCCUUUCCGUCCUGGGUGCUCUACUGCACCGGAAAGGCCGCGCGGGACAUGAUGUUCAGAGUGCUGGCCGAGGAGGAGCCCGAACUGCGCGUGCUCAACUACGCGCCGGGUCCGUUGGACACCGACAUGCACGUGGAGGCCCGUACGAAGUCGGGUGACGGGGCGCUGCAGAGCUCCUUAACCGCCAUGCACGCUGAGGGACGGGUGCUCACCUGCCAGGAGUCCGGGGCCAAACUGCUCAAGCUGCUGCUGGAGGACGGCUUCACGUCCGGCACCCACAUCGACGUCUACGACGUGUAGGGGGGUGUUCUUAAUCAUACUAUUCACCUGGUGGAAGGUGGGGGAUGGGGGCCAGCGGUGGGCUGGUAAUGGGGGGGAGGGUGUGUGUUUUGAGUGGAUGAGUACGAAACGGUGAAUGAUGAAACGGAAAGGGCAUUGGAGGGUAGGGGGGUAGGUUAGCGACCGCAGGACUGAGGGGGGAAGUGGAGCUGUCUUUAUUAUUAAGCCAGUUAGCUGUCGGACUGAUCCUUUCUCGCCGAUCCUGAUGAUGUGUGAAGGGUCCAGCGGCCCAAUUCAUGCUGCACACACAUUUGGUUGUGCUUUUGCAUGAUGUCAAAUGGGACCACGCAUGUGAUGUCCAAUCAAGAGCCAAGUCAGGCUCCAAUCAGAAGGCGGAAAA